AUGAGUUCCAUAGGACAAACCAUGUUAAUGGCACUAACAGUUACAGUAAACAAGUAUGCAUCAUCCAACAUACAGGCAGUUCAUAAAAAACAACCAAACCAAAUCUUAACCAGCACCAACGUAGGAUUUGGAAGGAGAGGACUCGUCUUAUCAGCUGUUGUUGCCGCAGCUCAAAUCCCCGAGUCAAGAACUCAGCUUCUUCAAAAAUAUUUGAAGAAAUCAGAGGAAAACAAGGAGAAAAAUGACAAAGAGAGAGUGGAUAGUUAUUACAAACGUAACUACAAGGAUUAUUUUGAAUUCAUAGAAGGGAGUUUGAAAGGAAAAGAUGGGAAAAUUUCAGAAGCAGAAAAGGGUAUUCUUGAUUGGCUUGAAGCUAACAAGUGA